AUAGUCUCCUCCAGGCGAGGAAGUGGCAGCGGUGGCAGUGCGUUAGUGCUGAAUGCACCCGCCGUCAGUAUUCUCACUAGUGGACCGCUGCUGGCCACUCUCAGCGGAACGGUUCUUGUGUGGACAAGCCUCAUCAUUUCGUUGACUGCUAACAUCUACCGCAGAUUGAGUACUUUCUUUUAAGCGUGUAAAGCUACACCGCAGUGCGCCUGCGCCGUUUUUCGUUCAGUCCCUUUUGGAAAGACAGCUCGUUGCGUCAGUGUGUGUAUUGUUUAUAUCAAACUCAGAGAAAUUCGCAUUGAUAAAACGAAAAAAGUGAAUAAUCGCGAACGGAUGCACAAAACAACUCAUUGCAAAUGCUAAAAAUAAUUGCUACAUCAUCACCGACAUCAUCUCUGCAGAGAGGGCGGUACUGUAUUGUCCAACUGUUUCGCCGUGACAAACGGAUAGGAUAGAAAGUUUUAGUGUCCAGAACGUUUAGCACCCUCAAAAAACAAGUCCGAACGGACGGUGCACGGUGGAAUGGAUGAGCUGGAAACAGCCAGUUUUGCAGAGCUACAGGAUAAAAAUGAAAUCAUCAGCAAGUACAUCGAACACCUGGAGCAGCUGAAACGAUUGGCGGCGCUGCGAGGCCGUAUCAGCGAGUCUGAGUUUAACAAUUAUCUUGUGCGGCACUACUUUCACAACAACAACAUCAUUAAUUACAUCUUUGACAAAAAUACCAGCCGCAUCCUGCUGAAGACGGUCAUCGAUAGAAAGAAGAAGAUAAUCAAUUUCAUCUUCGUGCUGCUGACGCUGUUCAUUAUCUUUUCCUACAAGCAUGAAGUGUCGACGGUGGUGCUGCGGAACAUUCAAAGCUUCAUCUACCCGGGCAUGCGGGUAUGGCGGAAGGUUACGGUGCCAAUCAUCGCCAACUAUCCGUCGCUGACGGAGUACUACGACGAGAGCUGCCUCCUAACUAAUCCUUAUUUCCAAGUGGAAAACCUCAACUGUGAUCCCUGUGCGGACGUUGCCAACGUGCUGGACUUUACCAACAUUGAUGAUGUUGCCGUUAAUUAUCCCUAUAUUUUUAAGACUCAAAAAGAACUAGUCGACAUCCACCGGUUGCAGAUACUGUACGAGCAGCAUCGUGCCAUUUUCACCAAGGAUGCUUAUAAAAUCCAGUCUUCCCACGAGGGCAUCCGAAAUCUGGAUGACCUCUUUCGUCACUUCAUGAACGCCAGCCAGCAGGUUGAAAGCCACAAUGUCUGGCGCUGUAAUCGGAUGGCUCCGGCUCGAUUACUGCGGGCCCUGUUCCCUCGACCGGCACGAUUACCGGCCACGGGUGUCAGCUUGGAACGGUAUCUAAUCGUAGAUACCCCGCAGGCAGUGCCGUACCGUAUUCCGGAUGCGGAAUGUGCUAACAUGUUCGUUAUUCAGGGCUACGGGAGCAGAACGUUUUUGCUGCGGCCUACGCAGGAAUGUCGCCACCGGUGUCGAACACUGUCUGUUCGACUACCGGCCAGUUAUGGCCUAAUCUACAACUGGUGGUACUGGAAGCCAAUCUCCCUACCUGAGCAGUACGCCAAAUCACCUUCCAUCAGCUAUAUCGGUUCGUACUGUUGAAGGCAGUGCAAAGUGUCAACAAAAACUCCAACCAGUUCAAAAGAACGAGCAACAAAAAACCAACUCACCGAAGCCAAACUAUUGAACGGGAAUGCUGGAGGUAAGUCAACUUUGUUGGAAAGUAAGGUUCGAGGCAGAAGUCGGUCUCUGGGCAUGUGGCGAAUCAAAACGGUUGUGUGUGUUUCAGAUUUACAAGAAAACGUUUUUAUGUUUCGAUUGACCACCACUUUUUCUUGGGUUUUAAUUUUUUGUAAAGAGAAUUUUUUGUUUCUCAGUAAUUUUUAUGUGUUCCAUUAGACAAUAUCUUCUAGUUCCUUGUAUAACUAGAAGAAAGAAAUCUUUCAUACGUAUUACCUAGCUUUAUGAUCUACAGGUUAUAUUCAAACUUAAACGCCCAAAGAGACUGACUUUCCUGCGAAGUAGAAACGAUAACAAAACAAUAGCAGCAUAUAGUAGAGAAUGCUUCCGGAAAAAAUUUCUCCAAGCAUAGUCAGUAAGCAUACCAAAAUGAACUUUUAUGUUAUUUGUUUUUCUUUCUAUUUUUCUACGUUCAAUAUGAGAUUAUUAUACGCGUGUGUAUUCUCUAUAUUCCGUUGGCAUUUGCGUCUUAGUUGAUAAUUUAUGUGUUACGUGUAAGAUUUGGGGACCAGUCGAUUGUCUGUUCCAGCCAGCAUUUUACCUAGUUGACUGUGUUAGCUAGCGUGACUUCACUGCAAAAUACUUUGACCAAUAUUUUAAUACCCCUAAAACGCAAAAAAGGGUUAGACUCCGGUGUAGUAUGUCUAGCCUUGGUAUUAUUAUUUAUUUCGUAACCGAAACCAAAAUCUAACCGAAACGUAUUCAGCACAAAUUUAACGAGGUAGUAGUCUUAGAUAAAAAAAAGCUUCAUAGGGUCCCAACCACAAAAUCAAAUGUCUGAGUACAGUGAUGCUGGGGACAUGCCAUAACGAUUAGUCUUAAACAGCAGAGAACAGAAGAAGAAAAAAGAUGUAAUAUGUUGUGAAAUCGUACCACUGGACGUAGUUUUACUGUAGCACUUGCACACAGCCCAACGAAAGUAAUUCAAAGCUUUUUUUUUUGGUCAACUGUAACCAUGUUUCAGUUUUAGGUUGAAAAUAAGUUGCCAUUUAUCUGUGCACUAGAAGGUCGUUUUUCAACACAACAAAUAGUGUUUCAAAAGCUUAAUGCUUCAAAAUACAAUGCUUUGGAUUCUAGAAUGGCUUCGGGCAUCGACUAUUGCCUUUACCGUUUCUAAACCACUAUCAAUGUUUGUAUGCAUUCCGAAAGAAACACAUAAAGCACCUGCAUUUUAAGUUUUGCUAUCAGGCGUCUAGAUUUUAUCAGACAUUUGAACGUUGUUAUUGAUAAAAUAACGGUACUCGAACAAACUUUAUAUGUGUGAAAAUAACACAAAGCAGAUAAAGCAGACGAGUAAAAAAAGAAUUGAUAAUAAAUCGUGAAUGAACAUAACAUUUAGCUCGACAAAUUUAGAGAACCGAAUUAUGAUAAAACAUUUGAACUGGUUUUUGAUUCUGCAAUUACCCAAAAACACUUUUCAAUUGUCGAAUGUUCAAAUACCCACUUUCGUUCAAUUUUUUUUAUCAAAAACAUGGUUACAGUAACUUUAACUAUCUAUUAAAAAAUAGUCAUUUUGGUAAACGUUUUUGAGCGAUACUACUGUAUAUAAAGAGGGUAAUAGGUAACAGGAAAGCAGCUAGCUCUAAAAAGAAAGUUGUAGCAGAUCAACUCAUCUAGAGAUGAAGAGUAUAUUACAAAGCAAAAUAAACACAUAUAUUUUUCUUCAAACAAACAUUUGAGAAAACAGUAAUUGCACAGUAUAAUGGAAACCGGUAACGCAGAUAGUUGUAAUGAGAACAAGCAAAAAAUGUAUAUAUUCGCUCGAAGAGUGUAAAUAA